AUGGCGGCUCCCGAGGUCGAGGCACAGGAAGUAGUCUUCCGUACAACAGGCCCGCCCACAGACUCGGAGCCGCACCCCCUCCCGCCCAGCUCCCGGAAGUUUCCUUUUGAAAGCACGGCGGCAAGCUCUACCCAGGACUGGGCGGUUGCUGAGGAGCAUCUUUUGAAAGGGAACGAAGAGGACUGCGGGCCGGAGCUGGCAGCGCCGGGGGACCAGCCAAGCCACCCGGCCGGGACAGCCAGUGCUAAGACCGUGUGCGACGCGCAGCCCCACGUGAUGCCGAGCGGCAGCCUACCCGCAGAUGCACAAGCCACUUCUAAACUACCUGUUAAAAUCAAAGAAGUUGAUGGGCUUAGACAUCUUCAUCCAGGAAGUUCAGAGUCUGAUACGACAAAAGUCACCAAAUCAAGACAAGAGAACCGGCAGAUGAAAGCCGCAGAGAUUGCCAGCAAGAGGAACAUCAAAAAGAGCUACAAACCAUUCAAGCAAAAACCAGAGGAGGAACUAAAGGAUAAAAACCAGCUUCUAGAGUCCGUCAACAAGCAGCUACACCAGAAGCUGAUGGAGACUCAGGGAGAACUGAAGGACCUGACGCAGAAAGUGGAGCUGCUGGAGAAGUUUCAGAAUAACUGCUUAGCGAUUUUGGAGAGCAAAGGCCUCAACCCAGGCAGCGAGACCCUGGCAUCAGAGAAGAAACCCACCAUAGAUCACACGGACUCCGUGCUGCUGCUAGAAACUUUGCAAGAUGAACUGAAGGUUUUCAAUGAAACGGCCAAGAAGCAGAUGGAGGAGUUAAAGGCCUUGAAGGUAAAGUUGAAGCUGAAAGAGGAAGAAAGAGGCCAGUUCCUGAAACAACAAAACUCAUGUAAAGAGCAAGCCAGUGACUUCACGAAAGUCCUGGAGGAAAUGGAGAAGCUCUUAGAAAUGUAAUACCAGGCAAGUGGCCAGAUGGCUUCUUCUGGGGAAACCCUCAGAGGAAUCCACUUAGGAUAUCUUCAAGGACUCGCCAUCCCUUAUGUAAAAAGAGCUUCUGCAGCAGUUAAUCCGGGAAGGGCAGCUGACGCGGGGUCCCUCCUCUAAGCUCACCUUCAAUUGCUCAGCUCUCCUGCAAGAGCAGGGCCUGAGGGCUGGACUUCACUUCCUGCUCAGCACAGAGAGCAUCGACCCUUAGAACCAGGAGGCUGACCUGCCGCCUUGGAGAGUCUAGAGGCUCUUAUCGACCAGGAAGCACGGGAAGAGAGCCUCCGUUACAAUAGCACACAGGGUGUGUGGGAGAUAUCACUGAGAGCCAUGCUCUCCUCAUUAUUGUCCAUCUAGUUGAGCUAAAGUUAUGAACUUGAAAUUCUUGAAGUUUUUGGUGUAAUAAAUGGGGUAAAGGUAUACCUGAAACAACACCUGGACCUUUUGAAAUAAAUAUUUCUGAUGAAGACUGGGGAAGGAAAAUAAGCCUUUCUAACCCAUUGUAGUGGUUCAUGUCAAAAAAAACAAGGAAGGAGGAAGGACUACGUAGCAUUUAGUCUAGCUGUAUGAGCUGAGCACACUGGGAUGUGUUCAAUGUCUUCUGAUUUACCCAGCGUGUUUUCUCCAUUCCGUGCUUGUGACAAGGCCCCUCGGAUUACUGGUUCUUCCGUGUUUGUAGUAGUGUGUGCCAUGCUCUGUUUGCUCUGUUUGUGGCCAUUCGCUGCCUGUGUUCUGUCUGUGUCUGCAAUUAACUGUCACAGCCAACCCAGAGCUCAUACAACAGGUCCUAUGGUCCACGGCCUGGUACCCAUGGUCGCCCCCCCCCCCCCCGUGUCAUUAAAAGUUCAGGCAUGUUUUCUGUCUUAACUUAACUCUCCCACUGUGUUGAGCCUUCUACUUCAAACUUGCCUAAUACGUCCUUGAAAAUCAUUCAGGCUGCCCAGAGUCCCAGGGAAGCCAAGGAACGCCUCCUACUUAACCUAUUUUUCAAAUGUAUGGAAUGGUUCAACUUAAACGUACGACUAAGGACCAUCAGGCAGCAGGCACAGCAGCACGCACUCACCAUGCGCAAGAUGGGGCGCCCGGAGGGGUGGCUGUAGAGCAGCAGUGCAUCCUGGGUUCCUCCUGCUGCACCUCUACUCCCAAGACCACCAAGUCCUGAGUGGCAAGAAUGGAGAUGAGGGAGUUGACAGUCAUGGCAGUCUCCUGGGACGAUGCUCUCCUGCUCACGCCUGCGGGUGGUCGAAGGACGCCCCCUAGCCAUGGGAUCCACCGUGGGAGCAGAUGACCCACCAUGACGACCCACAUCAGCACUUCGAGUUGUCUGAAGUAUCUGUCAACCGCAUACCGAACAGAGAGCUCUGGGUUGCAGAAGAUUUUUUUAACAUGCCUUUCUCCACCAGCCGAACAGAAGUAUGUUAGAACGUGUGUGCCCACAUACCCCACACACACACACACACACACACACCAUCCAUGCUGAUCGUAAAGGCCUAAUUGUAGCGCUCUUUUUAAAAACUCUAUUUGGGGUGUUGAGGCCUCAAGCUCCCAACCACCCAACCCUGCACAGGAGAGAGAAAGUUAGUGGGGGGAGAGGGCCCCUUUACCUCCCCCAGAUGUUUAGGGUCAAGGGGUUCUUGUAGGGCUAUAUGCCCAUCUCAGUCAACAGAAAUGCAGCCUGCAGUUUUCUUCAAGCCGCUAUGCCCCAAAGCAGUUCUCUCUCUGCUCCAAACAGCCACACUGCCGGUCUCCUGGUCUCUCCAAACUGCUACAGGCCAUACGCUCUUUCUGGGCUCAGCCCAGACCAUGCCCUCAGCCCUAGACCAGGCCCUUCUCUGUUCAGCAUGAGGAAGGCUGUUAACAACUGGCAAAAGCCACGCCCCGCACCUGCCUCAUAAAACAAAACACAAAACAAUCUUGGCAAAAGUUUCUCUUUAUGAUCUCCCAUGCGCCUUCUCUAGCGUCUUUCUCUACCCCAGAACACAGCACCCUGAUUGUACUGAAUGCCUCUAGUCCAAGACAAACUAGAAUAGAGGUGAGCUCAGAGGAGGGUCAAUGUUCACUGAGCACCAUCAAGUUUCUGAUGAUCAAUAGUUUAGUUUUUUGUUUUUUUUCUUCGCCAGUUUUUUGUUGUUGGGGGGGGGAGGGAGACAUGGUUUUACUGUGUAGCCCUGGCUGUCCUGGAACUCUGUAGAUCAGGCUAGCCUCAAAUUCAGUUCUACCUGCUGCGCCCUCCCAAUUUAGUCAUGUGCCACCACCACCCAGCAUAUUUAAUCCUUUUUAAAAUAAAUUUUAUGUUCAUUUUGA